AUGGACAAAGUAAACUACUUUUUCCACCUAGGAAUUUUGUUGCAUAAUUUUCUGCUUGCUUGCUUUUCCAUGACCACCACCAACAUUACCACAGACCAAUCAGCCCUCCUUGCUCUGAGAGAGCAUAUAAUCACUUCAGAACCUCACCAAAUCUUUGCAAAAAAUUGGUCUGUGAAAACCUCAGCUUGUGAGUGGCUUGGAGUUACAUGUGGCUGUCGUCACCGAAGAGUAACUGGUUUGAAUAUAUCAAACAUGGGUCUUACUGGUACCAUUCCUCCGCAACUGGGGAAUCUGUCCUUUCUUAUCUCCCUCGACAUGAUGGGAAACAAUUUCCAUGGAGAACUCCCCAAUGACUUAGCCCGUUUGCGCCGAUUAAGAAUCCUUAACUUAGGUGUCAACAAUUUCACUGGAGAGCUUCCUUCAUGGCUUGGUUCCUUACAAAAAUUGCAAUACUUGUCCCUAAGAAACAAUAGCUUUACAGGUUUUAUCCCACCUUCUAUCUCCAACAUAUCAAAUUUGGAGGUAUUAUGGCUGUCCUUCAAUUCUUUUCAAGGAAGCAUUCCCAAUGGCAUUGGGAAUCUCCAUUAUUUGAAGAGAUUGAUCAUUGAGGCAAAUUUUGUUACCGGUUCAGUGCCAUCUGAUAUUUUCAAUAUUUCUUCAUUGGAAUUGAUUUCCCUUAGGAGUAAUAGCUUAUCUGGUAGUCUUCCUGAUAUGUGCCUUCGUCUUCAACAACUUUCAUGGCUUUCUUUAUCCUACAAUAACUUAAUUGGUCAAAUACCAUCAAAUAUGUCCAAAUGUGGGAGAGUUCAAGUGCUAUCCUUGUCCAUCAACCAUUUCAGUGGAUCCAUACCCAAAGAAAUUGGAGAAUUGAAGCAGCUGGAGGAACUGUACCUUGGGGUCAACAGUUUGACAGGUAGGAUACUAAAAUUUUGCCUUUGGGUGUGA